AUGGCAUACAUGGAAACAUUGAGUCAAACACGGAACAAAACAUCAAUGAUGUGGUCAAUGCCCCCGACAGGAUGUCUGCUAUCGAAAAGGAACAUGCGUCGACAGGACAAACAAGUACCGAUAAUACGAAAAGGACAAGGCGCCCAUUUAUUUGUUUCCAAUGAAAUCAAGAAGGUCAUAGAUGCUAGUUCCAUAGAUGGUGUGAGCGAAAAGAAAACUGCAGAAAGAAAAAUAUUCGAUCAGACUACAAAACCUGGAAAAAGCAAGAAACUUAGGCAGAGUAAAGCAAAAGCUUGCGGAGAAGUACCGCCGUUUAUUUAUUGCCAGCUGCUUGGCGCGGAACCCACUACACAGAAGAAACUAGGUGCAACUGCAGGAUUUUCAAUGGAAAUAGAUAAAGACAAGCCUGACGUAAACAACAUAAUCGUAGACAAUACCAAGUUGAAAGGCAAUCCAGCGCAGCUUCCUAAAGUACAGGUCCUCGCUGAGAUAUACAAAGAGCAUUUGAAUUUCUUGAUAGACAGUGGUGCUCUAGUAUCAGUAGCACCCUUAAGUUUGGUAAAACGGCAACAGGAAGAUAUCACUUCGACCAAUAAGACUCUUAAGUAUGCCAACGGUGAGAUAGAAAUGCCUAUCGGUAGCGCUAGCGUGAAGCUUUAUUUUGGAAAUGCAUUGAAGCCCACGCAUUAUGGCAUAGAGUUCAUGUUGGAUACCAAUGCCCUGUGUUAUGUUCUGACUUCUACAUCAUAAAACAAUCUGAGAAACAAUCCAGAUUUACUUCCUUAACCAGCUAUGGUGCACUGGAACAAAUAAGAUUUCAUCAGUCACACUUCAACUUACUAGUAAUCUAGAUAUCUCACAGUGGCGUUGUACAAUUUAUUAACAGGAACAAUAGUACUCGGAUGUCACUACUACUUUCUUAAUUCCACUAU